UGGCCGACCGUCAACCAACUGACUUUGUAGCGCUUUAAAAAAAACGAAAAGAUUCUGCAUAUUUGGUUUACAUCAUCUUAUGAUAUACAUAAAUUAGAGUUUCUAAUGGUAUUUUCGUCAUUCUAUAGUUAUUCGCAAUUUGGGGAGUACUAUUUUGCCUCGAAUGCCUCACAAAGCUAGAAUUUCGCACUGAAGCACUUUAUUUCAUAUGUAGCUAAUUCCUGAGAGAGGAGUGUCAGGAAAGGGAACAGCAGUUCAUGGAAGACAAGAAAAGGAAGAAAGAAGAUAAAAGGAAAAGGGAGGCUUCCCAGAAGGUCGCAGAACAAAAAAACAAAGUGCCAGAGUUGACCAAGCCUACAUCCACCCAGUCACUGGGCACCCCCAGCGCUGUGUCCCCCAACCCUGGCCCUGCUCCCUCUUCCUCCCCCUCCCCUGCCACCGCGGCUGCCGGCGCCCCCCCUCAGGGCGGGAACAAUGGUAAGCGCUCGGCGGUGGCCAACGGACAGCCCCCCUCCGGCGCCCAGGCCCCCCAGCGCUACAUGCCCCGCGAAGUGCCCCCUCGAUUCCGCUGCCAGCAGGACCACAAAGUGCUACUGAAGAGGGGCCAGCCGCCACUGUCCUGCAUGCUGCUGGGGGGAGGCAAUGGGGGGGGAGGCGCCCCUCUCUCGCAGGGAGACAACCCUGGUGCAACAGCAGCUGCUGCCUCAGAUUCCAGUCCCGGGUCUGCGGGCGCAGCGGCUCCCUCACUGCCCCACUCCUCCUCCUCUUCAUCAAUCGCUGCUUCUUCUACUACUACUUCUUCAAAUUAUGCAAAUUCCACGUGGGGGGCGGGCUCUGGCAGCCAGCCCCCCUCUCAGGGCUGGGAGAAGGUGAUAGUGGAUGGGUCUGACCUGGAGGAGUGGCCCAGCAUUGCGGGCGGAGCCGGGGCGGGGGCAGGGCCGGGGGACGGGGCGGGCGCCGGGGGGGCGGAGGCCGGCGGGACCCUGAGCAGCAGUGCCUCAUGGAGUGACAGACACCUCCAGCAGCAGCAGAAGACGGCGGGGAGUGGAGCGGGGAGGGGCGGCGGCUCCGGCAGCCCGUCCCCGCCUUCCUCCUCCUGUUCGCCCAACGAAUGUACGCAGCCCGGCUGCGGCGUGUGGGGCCCCUCGCCCCAAGCUGGCGGCGCAGCCGCGGGGUCCCUGCCCUCCAAAUCCAAAGCCCCCCCUCUUGCUGGGACUCCAGACGGUUGUGCUGUUGUCAGCGGUGGGAUUCCUGGUGCCAACUUCAACCCCAGCUCCAACCCUUCUGCCUGGCCGGCGCUGGUGCAGGACGGGGCGGCCGGGGCCGGUGCAGCUGCAGCCGAGGGGGCCCUGCCUCCCCUCCCGAACCCGUCAUCCCUCAAUCACCCUGCCCCUUCUGCCAGUCCAGCCGGUCAUCAGCACCAGCUUCACCAAAUGCAAGCCAGGGACAGGGAUCACCUCUGUGGAGGGUGGGGCGGGGAGGGGCCGGAGCCAGGAACAGGACCAAAAAAAGCAGGGGUGGACGGAAGGACGGAGGACGAAACGGAAUGCGGGGGUCCGGGAGGAGGGGACCUGCUGGCGUCCUCGUCCUCCUCCACGGCUUCUUCUUCAUCUUCAUCUUGGAGAGCCCAGCCUUUCUCCUCAGACCCCAAAACGGGUGCCUCAAGGACUGAGCCAUGGGACGGUGCAGUGAGUGGGGGUGCAGCCCCCGGAGAGGGAGGGGAUUCCUGGGGUUACGGCAGUCAGGAGGGGAAAGGGGGCGGCGGGGGGGCGGGCGGCAAAGCCUGGGGAGCGGGAAGCGGGGGCAGCUGUAAGCCCCCCGGGGUAUCUCAGGGAGCGUGGGGCGGGGGUGGCGGGGCAGAGCUUUCAGUUGGGGACUGGGGCAAGAAUGCGGGUGGGGUAGCUGGUGUGGGGGGGGCUAACAAUCCGGCUGGGGGAGGCGGCUGCAGCAGCAACAGCAGCAGCAGUGAGGGUAGCGUCGGCAACCCUCCCACCGCCUCCUCUCCGACAUCGACGACUAUGACAAGAGCUUGGGACAAUCAGAAAGGGGUUGGAGACGGAGGAGCUGGGGAGACAGGGGAGUGGAGAGGUCAAGGGAGGGGCGGGGGAGGCGCCUCGUCGUCCAGCGGCGGCGGGCACUCCAAAGCCGGGAGCGGCGCUCACAAUCAACACCACGGCCACUCCCACCACCGCUCCUACCAGCCCCCUAACGCUGAAGUGGCCUUACAGAACCUGCUCAGCCGAACUGACCUGGAUCCCAGAGUGCUGUCCAACACUGGCUGGGGGCAGACCCAGAUCCGGCAGAACGUGGCGUGGGAUUUAGAGGGAGGAGGAGGAGGAGGAAGUGGUCGAGGUGGAGGUUCCACCGCGUCGUCGUCCUCUGCCAUGAAUAACGCAAGCCUCGCUGGCCCGUACUCCGCUGCCACCAAUUCGGCAACUACUGAUCCAUCGGCCUCUUCCCCUCUCCCCGGGGGGACUCCGAAUGCCAGCCUGAACUCCAACGCUACCUUGACGACGGCGGCGGUCUGCGCGGGGGAGAGCUGGGAGAGCAACAGCAGCAGCGGCGGCAGUAACGCCUCCCUGCCGGUGCGGGGAGCGCCCCCGUCUGGCUCGAGCAUGCGAAAUCCUGGCGCUGUCCAAUCCGGCCCUUUGGCCUCUGGAGGCGGCGUGGCAGGACUGGGGAACCCGGCUGGUGCGCAGGGAAAGAACUCUGGGGGUUGGGGCGGGACCAGCUCGGUGGAGAGCCAAGGGAAGGGGUGGGGAAGCGAGGGGCAGGACUGGCGGGAGCACGGAGCUGGAGGGUGGGGUGAAUUCGGACAACAGGGUACCCCGGCGGGCGGCGGUGGCGGGAGCGGCUGGGGAGUUCAGGAUGAGAAAGGGAUGGGAGGCUGGAAGGACGCAGGGAGGGAGGGGGGCGGCUGGGGUCAGAGGGCGGGGGGAGACUGGGGAGAGCGCGAGCUUAAGUCCGGAACCGGGGGCUGGGGGGAGGGGAAGGGUAGCAGUGGAGGGGCGGGUGGGGACUCGGACGUGGGUACGUGGGGAAGCUGGGACGACGGGGCCCCCAGGAGAGGCUGGGGGGCGGGAGGGGGAGGAGGGGACUCGGGUGGCAAAUCUCACCAGGGCUGGGGCGGCAAACCGCACCAGUCGCAGAUACCAAACAGCCAGGCGGCCGGCCUGAAGGCCCCUGUGCAGCAGCAGCAGCAGCAGCAGCAAUCACAGCCCCAGCAGCAGCCGGCGCUGGACCCAGGGGCCAUGCAAGGGGGCUGGGGAAAGGCGGGGGGUCCUCUCUCCCAGAACCAGAACCAGAACCAGAACCAAAGCUCAGGCUGGACUUCGGGCCCCAUACCUCGCGUGCCCAGCGGCCCCGCCGAGGGCCCGGAGCCGAGCGGCUGGGAGGAGCCCUCGCCCCAGUCCAUCAGCCGCAAGAUGGAGAUCGACGACGGCACCUCCGCCUGGGGCGACCCCAGCCACUACAACUACAAGAGCGUCAACCUGUGGGACAAGAACGGCGCCCCCUCUGGCCAGCCGCAGCCGCUGCACGCUCAGGCUCCGUCUCAGCAGCCGCAGCAGCAGCAGGGGCCCGGCCCGGCCCAGCAGCAGCAGCCAGCGGGAAGGCCCGCCCACCAGCACACAGCCCCUGGCAACAGGGACGCGAACCCUGGACAAAUGGCCGGCAAGGCCUCUGGGAUGGUGUGGGGAAGUGGCGGCACCCCCUCCAGCCCCUCCGUGGAUAAUGGCACAGCCGCCUGGGGGAAGCCCACCGACACGCCCACCGGCUGGGGCGACCCAGAGGAUUCUGGGAAGGCCUCGGGCUGGGGGAACCUCUCCCCCAAUCCCAUUAAAUCUGGUUCAAAGUCUAUGCAAGACGGCUGGGGCGAGGGGGAGGGCUCGGUCAGCGCGUCCCGCCACUCCAGCUGGGAGGAGGAGGAGGAGGGGCCCGGGGUGUGGAGCAGCACGGGCUCCCAGGGGAGCAGCUCCUCCUACAACUCCGGGGGCUGGGGGCAGGGCCACGGGGGCAAGAAGGGCAGCAACAAGGGUGCCCUCAAGGGUGGCGGUGGAGAUUCCUGGAUGAAUCCCAUGACCAGACAGUUCUCGAGCAUGGGGCUGCUGGGCGAGGACCCCAGCGGCAGGCCCUUGGACCUGGCCCCAGGUCCACCCCAGGACAAGAAGCUGGAAGGGGACAAGCGUGGAAUGAACCUGAGCGACUACAACGGGGAGAUUCGCAAAGGUGGCAGGGGAGGAGGUGGAGGGGCAGUCUUCCGUUCGCCCAGUUCCAAAGAUGUGGGGCCUGGUGAGCCAGGGCCUUACUAUGACAAGACGGGUGGCCAUGGUGUGUUUGGUAGCAGUGGAGGAAUGGCUCAGUCUCGUGGGGUGCACCAGCCUAGUGUGCCACCCAUUAACCCGUCCCCAGGGAUACGAGCGCAAGUGCCUCAUCAGUUCCUGUCACCUCAGCUGCCGGGCUCCAUGCUGAAGCAGAUGCCGCCCCCCAGCAGCAACAUGGGGGGAGUGGGAGGCGUGGCCGGCGGGGUGUUCCCGCCCCAGCUCUCCCCCCAGCACAUCGCCAUGCUCAGCAACCUCUACCCUCCUCACAUCCAGUUCCAGCUGGCAUGCCAGCUCCUUCUGCAGCAGCAACCGCAGCAGCAGCAGCAGCAGCAGCAGCAGCUCCUGCAGAAUCAGAGGAAGUUCCCCCAGAACAUACGGCAGCAGCCAGACCCCCAGCAGCUGGCCAGGAUCAUGACAGUUCUUCAGCAGCAGAGGCAGCAGCAGCAGCAGCAGGGUGGAGGUGCGGGCGGGGGCUCAAAGCUGUCCCCCUCUCACUUGGGAGGGGGCGGCCCUAAACCGACAAUGGCUGACCCCCUGUCCCAUCCUGGCCUGGGUGGCUCCUUGGCUGACCUACAUCCAAAAACACAGGCGGGGUACUCUGGGUUUGGUUCGGGAGUGAACCUGUCCGGCUUGGAGAUGGGCUCGAUGGCAGGGGCUCCAGCGGGGAUGAAGGAUGCUGGAGGCCAGCAGUCCCGCUUCAAGUGGAUUAUGGAGGGGCAUUCCCCCGCCCCCUCCCCUCCGGACAGCGCACUUCACAAGAACGGCCCAAUCCCAGCCCCAGUGAAGCUGAGGGGUGGUUCCCCGUACUCCCAGUACGAGCUGCUCGGGGGUGAGGGUUUGGGGAUGCCCCCUCAGGGUCCCUCUGACAACUGGCACAGGACGCCUGGCAACAAGAUGGGAGCCAAGACCGGUUCCUCCAGCUGGCCACCCGAGUUCCAACCUGGAGUGCCCUGGAAAGGAAUUCAGAGUGCUGACCCGGAGUCUGACCCCUACAUGACCCCGGGCAGUGUGCUGGGCUCCUCUGCGACGUCCAGCCUCAAUGACACUGAGCACCAGUUACUGAGAGACAACACAGAGUCCAACCCCGCCCUCAACACCUUGCUGCCUUCACCUGGUGCCUGGCCCUACAGUGCCUCAGACAGCCCCCUCAGCAACGCACACAACUCAGCAAAGUACAAUGAGUACAAGCCCAGCUGGCCUCCCGAUCCAAUUGGACACAACAAGCUGUGGAAGGCAAAUCGGAACAGCUCCCAGCUGCCACGCCCACCGCCUGGACUCACACAUCAGAAACAGCCCUCCCUUUCUCCUUGGACAGGGGGAGGCCCCCGAUUGGCUAGGGGCUGGGGAGGGUCAGGCAACAGCCAAGAAACAAGAUAUGGGCCAGGGUCUGCGUGGAGUGACGGCGGUGCCUCCAAGGGCAGCUGCUGGCUGGUGCUGAGUAACCUCACUCCGCAGAUUGACGGCUCCACUCUGCGUACCAUCUGCGUGCAGCAUGGUCCCCUGCUGACCUUUCACCUUGGCCUGACCCAGGGAAGUGCUCUGAUUCGCUACAGCUCCCGGCAGGAAGCAGCCAAAGCCCAGAGUGCUCUGCACAUGUGUGUACUGGGCAACACCACGAUCCUGGCUGAGUUUGUGAGCGAGGAGGAGGUCGCUCGCUAUUUUGCACAUUCCCAGGCGGGAGGGGGCGGGAGCGGCAGCGGGGGCGGGGCCGUCCCCGGGGCCGGCGGAGGCCAGGGGCCGGCAGGGACGGGCACGGUGGGGGCCGGCAGCGGCGGGAGCACUCCCGGCAGCGAGAGGGAAAGGGAAAGAGCCGCAGCGACAGCAGGAGGCGGAGGAGGAGGAGCAACAGCAGCUGGAGGAAGUAAUGGAGGAGGAGCAAGUGUGGCAACCGUGGGGCCUUCCGCCUCCGGCUGGCAAAGCCUGGACAGCACAAGCAGCUCUCCAGACCCCUCCUCAGCCCAAGGACCGGGGCUGAGCAUUUUUGCCCAGUGGAGCAGCAAUGGGGCCGGGGGAGGGGGAGUGGGUGGAGGUACGGGGAGCGUGGAGCCUGGGCGGCAGGGGCUGUGGGGUGCCAUGACCCCGGGGUACCCCAGCAGCAGCCUUUGGGGGGCACCCACCAUGGAGGACAGGCACCAGAUGGGCAGCCCAGCCGCACUGCUGCCCGGGGACCUGCUGGGAGGGGGGGGGCGACUCCAUCUGACUGACAGACACGUACAUAAAUACACUUACUGACUGACACACAGACACGUGAGGACAUAAGCACUCGGACUACACCGGUACACACAAAGGCGCGCUCACAUGCUCUGACACACACAUUUCAUCAACACACAAGGACUUUUCAACUGCGCAAACAGUGAGCAGCACCAGUGUGCACAUGCUCUCUCACGUGCGCGUGCACACACACACACACACACACACACACACACACACACACACACACACAUACAAACAAUACACAAACAAACAACCUCUCCCUUAAAUGAAGAUUUCAACAGCAAGACUUGAAUGAAAGAAAAAAAAAAAGCCAAUCAGAAUCAAAGACAGGCUCAGCUGGGUGAAAUUGAACCUGCAGUAGGACAGAAAAACACACAGACCGAUACAAAGAGAGAUUUACACUUCGACUCGCGCUGUAAAAACAUGGCUUGCAUCACGUGGAUGGACUGCGUGAUAUCGGAUAUAUGGUUUUGUUAUUGCUCCCAUAGAAAGACAGAAUCAAACACACACCUCCACACACACUGCUCUGAUAUUUGACAAGCGAGCCUUGUGUUGUUUUUGUUUUUUUUGUUUUUUUGGGGCAGUAAUGCAGUGUCUUUCCCUCAGAUGCUGUCCUUUUUUUCCACCUUUCCUAAAUCAAGUUCAUUGUUCUGACUGUUGUUAUUUCUGUUAAAUCAAUUUCAUGAGGUGCCCUCAUGUUUCCAUGGUCAUGAAAGGCUGGUGAGGAAGAAAAAAAAUGUUUUGAGCGUGUAUGUGUCAGGGAAGGUGAGAGUGGGAAUUACGGAGUGAGGUGUGUGUUUAUCUGUCGUGCUUCAGAAGGUGAAUGAGUAUGCGUAAGACAGCAGCCUACAGCAGGUGUGUGUGCUCUGAAAAAAACGUAUUCAAGUAUGCGUGUUGUAUGCAUGUUUAAGAAAAUUGGCACUAAUGAAUAUUUUUUUCUUUUAUGUUUUGUUUUUAUCAGCCUUUUGUUUUAUUAUUGCCUGCAUCGCAAUAAUUAAAGAUAAUUUUUAAAGUCGCAACCAACUGAAGGCAUGUGUAGAGAGAGAUGCCAAAUUGUAUUACACGGAGUUGAGCUGGAUGGGUGUUUACGGACACCUUAAAAAGUUACGAUUUGUUUUAUUUGUUGUUGUUUAAAUGUUUUAAAUUAAGACAGGCUUUAACACUCCUGUUAAGUUUUUUUUUGUUUUAAGAUUUUACAAAGGAAAAGAAAUUAAUUUAAACAAUAAGAACAAGAAGGAUAAUAAAGGUUGAUAUAUAUGUUGUGCUCGUUACGUUGCAUUAGAUGUUAACAGAUUUUGUGUUUGCAAUUUAAAACUUGUUUUCUGUUGAUAUUCAGAGGUGCACGCCCCCUCCCCCUGUUUUGCCACACUUGCACAUGUGUUGGUGGCUAUGCUAGAUUUUCUCUGCUCUCACUCUCACUCUCACUCCACUGUCUGUCUUGUAUACUCCCUCUCCUCUGUCUCGCCAGUGCUCUGGCCGGCCUAUGCUUUGUCUCCAUUCAAAACUCUUUCCAGGUUACCAACUCCUGUUAUAUCUUCUACUGUCUACAAAUGUUCUUUAAAUCCAGUGAGCUGCAGCUGACAAUUUUUUUUUUUUUGCCCCUAGUACUGUUUCUAGACAGUUUGAAGUAAGACUGAUCUGUAUUUUGGGGGAUUUUAGCACUGCCUACACACAAACACUACUAAAGGGCCAGUGACAGUGUCAAUUGACUUCAUAGAAAGUAUCCAUAUUGGUUUUCCAUGUAUUAUGUUUUUUUUUUUCCUCCUCUGUCCAAGUGAGGCAUUAUCUCAGUUGAUCAUCACAGUCACUGUUAUGGGGCUGUUUUUGUUUUUAUGGCAUUUGUUUGUUUGGUUUUUUUUUUUUUUUUUUGCUAUUGCGGCCUUCAAGUGUCUGGUGGGCUACAGUACACGAUCUUGUCUUGAUUUCCUGUUUUUCCUCUGUCCUGCUUAAAUUCUGUUUUGAGAGUUAUUUUGGAACUGGUUCUGUGAAGUGCAGAAUUUGUUCUCUCAGCCCGUUAGAACUAUGGAUGUAACCAGAAGUCCACUGUGACACCCAGGAUUAGUACCAGGGACCAUAGUCGUGAGUGUAAAGUCUGAAAGAUGGUACAUUUUCUCUGUGGUCGGCAUUGUCGUGGACUAACCGAGACACACUGUACUGUAAUAUCUGGUUUAGGCAGCCGCCAGCUCUUUAAGGUGUGAUUUAGUUGCUGGCCUGUGUUAAGGCCGGUUUGCCCACUCCACUCCCUUCAGUCUCAUGAGCCAACCUGGACCUGACCAGCACUGCAUUGUUGGGAGAGGGGCCUGCAGCUCAGUGCUGGAAUGGAAUUGAGUGGGUUGGAGGUAGAAUAACAUGGAACUGAAGCUUUAACAGCAGACGGGGGUUGCCUAGCUCUGGAUCUUUAAACUAACAGCUGGAUCUUAUUGGCCGAACUUCAGUUUUUUUGAUAUCAGCAUUUACAUUUUCUACAUGUUAUUUCCAUGAAGCUGUUUUUGUGUUUUUUUUUUUGCUUGUCAGGGAUUAGUUUACAGUUGCAUAAAUAUACACAUGGACAACAUACUAAAGUAACUACUGGAGUUUUUCCUCAGUGUGUGAGGCUUAAGAUUUUUUUUAUUAAACUGAGGGACAUUUUUGUCAAGGCUGUGUAAUUAUAUACAUGUACAAUGUAAUGUAAACAAAAUGAAUACCUUUGGGGGGUGGGAAGAGGGGGAUGGGAGUGCA